UAGCGGUUUCCGGGUGUUGUCGGGAGCAGAGGACUGGCUUUGGGCUGGCUUUUGGAUGAUUUGUGAAAAGGAAUUAAAAGGUUGCUGGAUUGUAUAAAUUAUCAAAAUGAACAGAAUAUUUGGACGUGGAACACCAAAAGCCCCUCCUCCAAAUCUAUCCGAUUGCAUCGGAAACGUGGAUGCGAGGGCAGAGUCCGUCGACAAGAAAAUAUCCCGACUAGAUGCUGAGCUCAUGAAGUACAAAGACCAAAUGAAGAAGAUGAGAGAAGGCCCUGCAAAGAAUAUGGUGAAACAAAAAGCAAUGAGGGUUCUGAAGCAAAAAAGAACGUAUGAAAGCCAGAGAGAUCAAUUAACCCAACAAUCCUUCAACAUGGAGCAGGCCAACUAUACUAUCCAGUCACUGAAGGAUACAAAAACAACUGUAGAGGCUAUGAAGAUUGGUGCCAAAGAGAUGAAGAAAGCCUACAAGAAUGUGAAGAUCGAUCAGAUUGAAGACCUUCAGGACCAGCUGGAGGACAUGAUGGAGGAUGCAAGCGAAGUCCAGGAGGCCCUCAGCCGCAGCUAUGGCACCCCAGAGAUAGAUGAGGAUGACCUGGAAGCAGAGCUGGAUGCUCUUGGGGAUGAGCUGCUCCUGGAUGAUGACAACUCCUAUUUGGACGAAGCUUCAUCUGCUCCUGCCAUCCCAGAGGGGAUGCCCAGCGACAGCAAAACAAACAAGGAUGGUGUUCUUGUGGAUGAAUUUGGUCUGCCACAAAUCCCGGCCACAUAGGGGAAACAAAUCAAAUAAACCGCUUACUUCAAAACACUUUUGUAUGUAGGUUAACAUUUAUACAUUCAAAGUGAGUUGACCCGAGAACACUACCAGGUUAAGGUACUAACCCUUCGUUGGUGUUGUUACUACCAUACUAGCAUGUGGCCUUGUAAUAUAACAUUUACCUCCUUAUUUAUCUUAAGUCACCUAAUACCCCCCCCCCCCCCCUUGCCACACUCAUACAGUUUCAUGCCAACCCUUUGGUAGUUCUAUCGACUGUAUCAUGAAAACUGUCAAAAUAAGACAUUAACAUUUUGCUACCAAGUCCCCUUGAAAUUGGAAUUGAUUUCCUCCUCGUCUGUUGAAUAUGUAAGGUGGUCGUUUGAAACGAGCAAAAUAAAUUGUAAAUUUUAA